AUUAAUCUGAAUUUUGAGAUGGUGCAUCUAACUGUUAGUUUAAUGGGAGCGGCCUGCUUGGCUUGCCUCGUGUAUUCGCAAACGAACCCUGAGUACCCAGCCUACAAUGAAGUUCCUCGAGGGCUGAGCUUCACCUGCAACCAGAAACCUCCAGGAUACUAUGCGGACCCAGAAGCUCAGUGUCAGGUUUGGCAUUGGUGUCUUCCUUCAGGUCAGCAAUUUAGCUUCCUCUGUCCCAACGGCACGGUGUUCAACCAGCUUUACCGUGUAUGUGACUGGUACUUCAACGUCGACUGUCCUGCUUCACAGAACUUCUACAACGUAAAUGACGACCUCUACAAGGACAGCAAGGGAAAUCCAAUCUGAAUAAUAAGUUUCCAAGAGACGUUACCCAGAUUUGCUA